AUGCGUUUGAAUGAAAUGUGUCGAGAAGAAAGGAUUCGUGUGAUGCGUCAAGAAUUAGAUCGAUUCAUGGUUUCGUUGAAACCGAGUAUAAGUCAAAGUUUCAAUCCUCAACUCCAGAACAACCUCAUCGAAAGUCUUUUGGAUGGAACGGUCUUUCAAAUUGUUGAUUCCCUCAGGGAUCUGCAAGAAAUGAACGAAAAACAGUUAUAUGCAGAUCGACAAAAACGACUGGCCGAACUUCAGUUGGUGCCAGAUUUAGAUGAACAAAUGAAAAGAAUUGAUAUGAAUAUUGUUUGCGAACUGGAUAAGGUGCUUACAAUAUUUUAUUUCUUUCAGUUGUCACACAUAAUUGAAAAAAGCUAUUUUCAGAUAAUGGCCCAACAACAGAACGUGCUUUCACGUGCUGGAGUGCCGGCGUUUAGAGUGACGAAUAAUCCGAAUGAAAUCACUUUGCAAAUGGAAAUUAUCCGAUUUAUAUUGACUUUGACUUCGACUUAUUCUUAA